UCGGCGUACAGCACAGCCAAAUCAGCAUGAGGGAGGUCACAUGGUUCGGGCCGGCGUUAGCCCUGCUGACGGGAUCCUUGGCCCUGCUCGCCGUGCAAGCACAGUACGUGCAACUGUACAACGCUGACCCCGAGCCGUAUCAAAGGAACCUGCAAAGGAGCCUUUCCUCCAUGAGUGGAGCAGAAUUGAAAUAUUUGCUGCAGCGGUUACUACGAGACGCUGCUUUGCUACGCAAACGCUCACCAGACAACGAUGAUGGGCAGGAUGCGAUGCCUCCCGGUUUCGUCGGGGCUCGUGGUCGGCGUCGAGACGUGAUUCUCGAGCAGCCACCGGGAUUCGUGGGUGCUCGCGGCAAACGUGAAUCGGAGCUGCCACUGUUACUGGCCGGCCUCGAUGCUUCAGGAGCCGAAGCACCCAGAGCGCAGAUAGACAGGCCGCAAGACUAGCAAUGAACGCCCCAUGCCUACUGCAGUUCUGUAUUGCAAAAGCAGAACUGGGUUGGAGUUACGCUUUGAUGAACCGGUCUGAAGUGCAGCACGAAGAGUAGGCGCUGUUAGGAGACAGGUAAUCUUCUCUGGCAUCUCCUUGUGGGCAUUUUCUGAAAUGUGCGAAUAAAAAUCAAAUGAAAGGAAAUUAAAUCAAUGUAGACGACACCGAGUGCAAGGGAACUACGUCUAGUGCCACCGCCAAAACGGGGAAGUAAAAAAUAAAUAAAAAGCAAAAUGGAAACGCCAAUAAAUACUCGAAAUUUUUUUGCCUCUGGAGUGCUAUCAUCAUCAGCCUGGCUAGGCCCACUGCAGGGCAAAGGCCUCUCCCAGACUUCCCCAACUACCCCAGUCUUGUGCUAAUUGUGGCCAUGUUGUCCUUGCAAACUUCCUAAUGUCAUCCGCCCACC